UUUGCCAGGGAGGUCGACGUCCUCUGGACCUUGAAGUCGGGCGCGUCUGCGGGAAGCUCUGCCGGGGAGCCGUUUGCCUGCUCCAAGUUUAUAGUAGCUAUAGGACGUAACGCUGCAGCUUUCCUGUCUUCUUUUAUUCUGGAUUCUGUAUGUUGGGAAGUAGUUGGAGUUGUGAAGCUGUGGAACGAGUGGUGUCGAACAUCCAACACAACAAAUGUCCUCCCAACAGAUUCUUUCUGUUUGUUCUACCGAUUAAUAUCAGAUCCAACAGUUUUGUUGUGCCAGUGUAGUUGCUAUGUUGCUGAAGAUCAACAGUUCCAGUGGCUUGAAAAGGUCUUUGGCUGUAUGCAAAAGGAGGGCUUGCAAGUAACCAUUCUUUCAACAUGUCCUGUAGCUGAUUAUAAAACUCAGGAAUCCACAUUAACACUUACAUCUCCAUUUCUGAAAGCCUUGAAAACAAAAGAAUUCAAAGAGCAGGUCUGCUGCCCGCUGCUGGAACAACCUAACAUUGUGCGAGAUCUUCCUGCUGCUGUUCUGAGUUAUUGUCAAGUAUGGCUUGCUGUGUUGUAUCAGUGUUACACUGAUGUCAUCAAACUGGACACGGUUACAAUCGAAGUGUUCAAGCCUCUGCUUUCUUCUAAAAUCCUGAAGAGUUUAGUCAAGGAUGUAACUGAAAGCACAAAGAUUUUGAAGAAGUUACUGACGACCAAUGAAACUCACAAUAAUAUCUAUAUCUAA